UUUUACGGAGUGAGAAAAAAAGUUUUUCACGCUCUUAUUAAAAAAAAAAAAAAUUUAAAAUCAUGACAUGGGAAGUUGUUAAAAUUAUCGGAAAUUUAUUUAAUGAUACUUCAAAAAAUUCCCGCAAUAAAAGAACAUCAUCAUCAUCAUCUGCAUCUACAUCAACUAUAUCCGAUUUUACAUCAAGCACAUCAAAAAAUCGACAACAAAAAUCUUCUUCUCUUAUUGCCAAAUCACAAAAAAUUCCUUCUUCCCCUAUUAUUCAUCCUGUUCCAUUAUUAAGAACUCCUAGUUCUUCAAGUAUUACUACUCAUACUACUCCUUCCUCAAAUUUCGUCUUUGAAAAUGAUGAUAUUACUCAACAAUUGGCUGAGGAAAGUGAACUUUUAUAUCUUCAAUUACCUGAAGAUGUUAAAUCUAUAUUGGAUAAAUUACGUAUACUUCAACGCUCCGAAAAAUCUUUGACCUUUGAUCAACAAUUACCAAAUGGUGAAUGGCAGAGUCCUUUCGCUACUCUUGAAGCUGCAAUGAUGUCGAUUCUUUUAUUGACUCCUACAUUAUUACUUACAAAUUCUCCUAAAUCACCUUUAAAAGAUGAUGAUUACAUGUAUGAUUCUCCUUCGGGUGAAUCUCCAGUAAAUCGUUAUUUUUAUAAAAAUCAUCAAAAUAAUUCUUCAAGAUCUUCUCAUAUUUCUUCCAUGACUUAUCAUUCCGAUUUUUCUUCAAAAAGUACUGAUCCAUCAACUUCUAUUACAAAAAAAUCUUCUUUAUGUAAAGUUUUAAGUGCUUCCUCUUUACUCACUUAUAUUGUUCGUACCAUCCUUUCAAUGCAUAAUGAAACUUUAAUAACUUGUCUCAUAAAUAGAGAAUUAUUAGAUUAUUAUAAUUCUUUAACUGGUCAUGUUACUGAAGAAGCUGACAUUGUUUUAACUCAAAUACAUCAAAUAAGAUCUUUAGUUAGGCAUGAAGAGAUUGCUUCUCAUACUCAGCAUUGGAUUUGCAAUCAACAAAUACGAACGAAGAUCAAUCCAAUAAAAAGAAAAAGAAUGCAUUUGGAAAAAAUGUUAUAAGAAGUCUCACGUCCUUUAAAAGAAGAUCAUUAAAUCUCUCAUUAUCAUCUGCCUCAUCGGAAAAUAAUGCUUCAGAAAGUCUCAUUAAUAGUUAUCAUAAUCAUAAUCGUUAUAGUUAUCACGGUAGUAGUCAUAGUAGCACGACUUCACUAUUGAGUUUCGAACUUGGUCCACCACGAACUAGAACUAAAAAUGACACGAGAAGUA